GGACAAAAAUGCCUUGUUGAUGUCAGAGGUUGGAGGAGAAUGGGCAGACUGGUUCAAGAUGACAGAAAGGCAACAACCAUGACUCAAGUAACCACUCGUUACAACCAAGAUUUUUUAUAGGUGGUGAUACUAAUUAUUAAGGAUGCAUAUACUUAAUGUAAUGAUUGGAUACCUCUUUAUUAAAAUCAAUACUGUGCAGUUGCAAGUGGUGACAGUAAAGCAAUUUACUGGACCGGGUUCAACUCCUAACCUAGAAGAGAUCGUACUAGGGAGGUGCUACGAUUAUACAGAAACAGUGAACCCUUCUGUGGGUAAGAAGAACUGCUCGGAAAUAUGGGAAGCUUUGAAAAUGGCAUUUGUCCACAAAGAUCCAUGUUCGGUUUUUCCGUCUGAUUAUGAGCUUUACAUCAACCUUACAUUACACAAAAUUCCCGCAAACAAGUCUCUCUUCUGGGAAAAUAACAAAGACCUGGUGCAUAGAUACUCAGACAGGACUAAGCGGUACAUGCCCCUGGGCGAUACCCUCUCUGGAUGGUUGGCAGAUAAUUUAAACUGGUGUGGCACGGCUAAUGAUCCAGGAAUAGAGUACAAGUCCUGCCCCACUACAGCAGAAUGUGAACACAAUGCAAUGGAAUCCUUUUGGAGAAUAGCCUCGGUUAAUUAUGCCAAACAAAGCUCUGGAGAAGUGCAGAUCAUGCUGAACAGUUCUACCCCAGGAGGGGCUUUUCCAAUUCCCAGCUUUUUAGCGGACUUUGAGAUUCCCAAUUUUGAAGUAGAGAAGAUAUCUAGAGUCAAUAUCUGGGUGAUGGAUGACAUUGGUGGAGGAGACAUAAACUCAUGUGGAAGAGACAGUGUUGCUGUUUUGGAAGAUAUGUUGGCAGCAAAACAUCUGUCGCACAGAUGCACUGAUAAUUACAGACCUGUCAAGAUCUUGCAAUGUGUGGAUUUCCCCAGCCAUGAGGAUUGUGCCACAAACAGUGGCAAUGCCCCUCUUUCCCUGUGGGUUAUUACGAUUCUUCCAUGGCUUGGUCUGACCAUUAAUCAUUCAGGUCUGAUAGUUUAUUAAAAAAGGCAUAAAAUAGCUAAUUCUAAUUAAAAAUGGCAAUCGAGAAAAUUACCUGCAGGGCAUUCACAAAUAUUUACCUUCUCUGAGCCCCUAUUUCAGUUUGAAAUGAGUGUAAUGUCAAAGCCAAAACUCACAUACACACGUUUAACUACCGCAACAUCACCACUAGAUGGCGCUCAUAUUCAACUGCUGAAUGAAUGAAGUGUGAUGGGAAGUAGGGCUGGAUACAUUCUUUCUGAAGUAUCUGUAUUGGAAUGCAUUGUUUAGUUACAUUGAUUUAAUUUAAAAAAUGAUGUAAAGAAUGUCUGAUUGGAGGAACAACUUAAAUUGUUUAUUAUUCUUUACAUAUACAUCUGGGUGAGUGAAUGUAUCUGUACAAUACAAAAAGUGCAUACUGGGCCCCACAAUAGCAGAACUGCGGGGGCUUACUGGUAACCAGCAUUCCUCAUCUCACGUACAGAUUUGUCAUGUAGAUUCUUGGUAUCUAGAAUGAAAA